UCAAUAUUUUACGCCGGUCCACGCUCAAAUGCAUUAUUUCAAAACUUUCAAAUAAUGUUCAUAUUGAAUUUCAUUUUAUUUGUUGUUUUAUUCAAAAAUAUCACAGCAGAUGAAGAAAACGCACAAAAGAAAAUCGAAGAUUUAGAAAAAGAGAAGAACGAUCUUUUCUUCAAAAUCAAUGAUGCUAUUGACAAGAAUAUCGAGUCGUUUAAAACACUCAAUGAGACAGAAGCCAUUCUUGCUGCUGAUUAUUUGAAAGACCUAAAAGAACAAUUGCAAGAGUUAAAUAAAACAGAUGAAGUGCCUGAUGUUGAAAAUAUAAACAUAAGCGAUACAACAGUAUUUCGACGUAAAUCGAAACCAAAAAAUAAAGAAGACUUCGUGAAACAUAUGGAAAAGAUUCUAAAACCAAAACACGUCUCACAAAAGAAGUUGAAAGAGAUACUGGAAACCCGCGACAGAGUGAAAAUCAAACUAGACGAAUGGCUCGAAGAACGGAAAAGGGAAAAGGAUAAGAUAAAAAAGUAUAAAAUGGAAAUGAAGUAUCUACAGAGAAUGGGGAGGAUCGAAAAGUGCCCAAGAUUAGGUUAUGGAACACGAAAAAAAUCUGAUAAGAGUGACUACGUUAGUUGUAAGAAGAGAUAUAAGUCUAGAUACGAUAAGAUGUGUUCGCCGGGAACUAAAGACCCGAAUAGACCAUUGAAAACUCGCACUAAAGGGAGAAAGCUAUAUCCGUGCUGUAGGAAGUGUUGUAAGAAAUCAUAUUUGGGAUGUCUUUAACUGAAUAUAGUUUUAGUAGUCUUCUAAAUUUCUUCAUUCAUUCACAGAGUGUGAAUUAUUUAUUUGU